AUGGGUGAGGAUGAAUACUUUAGUGAUAAGUUGAACAGUCCUGACCCAGAUGAUUCAGGUGAUGAAAAAAGGCCCAAGUUUGAGAGAUUUAAGAAAGAGCAUCUUAACAAGGAUUAUAAAUUUAAGUGGGGUAUGGAGUUUAAUUCACUUGUUGACUUCAAAGAUGCUAUUCGUGAGUGGUCAAUGGUUAAUGGGAGGGAAAUUACUUUUGUGAAAAAUGAGAGCUAUAGAGUAAGGGUAGAGUGUAAGGCUAAAUGUGGUUUUUUGGUCUUAUGCUCUAAAGUGGGCCACAAACACACCUUUGCUAUAAAAACACUUAAAGACACCCACACAUGUGCUAGGAUUUUGAACAAUAGAUCUGCCAAGUCUAAAUGGGUGGCCAAGCAUGUGGUGAAGAUGCUGCAAACAUCUGAAACUGUCAGGAUUAGUGACAUAAUACAAGAGAUAAGGCAAAAAAUUUCCAUUGGUAUAAGUGUUGCAAGAGAUUGGAAGGCUAAGAUGAUUGCCAAGAAGGUGAUUGAAGGAGAUGCAGAUUCUCAGUAUGCAUUCAUAUGGAGGUAUGCAGCUGAGAUAACAAGGGUAAAUCCUGACAACACAGUCAAGAUUAAUGUUGAAAGACCUAGCCCAAGCAUACAACCAAGGUUUGGUUCCUUUUAUUUUUAUUUUGAUGGCUGUAAGAAAGGCUUUAUACAUGGAUGUAGACCUUUUGUGGGGGUUGAUGGGUGUCACUUGAAGACCAAAUAUGGUGGGCAACUACUAAUUGUUGUUGUUAGGGAUGCUAAUGAUCAAUAUUUCCUUUUAGCAUUUAGUGUGGUUGAGACUGAAACUAGAGAGAGUUGGAGAUGGUUCUUACAACUAUUAAUGGAAGAUAUUGGACAAGAUAGGAGAUAUGUUUUUAUAUCUGAUCAACAAAAGGGACUAGUAGCAGUAUUUGAUGAAAUGUUUGAUAGAAUUGAGCAUAGAUUGUGCCUUAGACAUUUGUAUGCUAAUUUCAAGAAACGGUUUGGUGGUGGAACCUUGAUUAGGGAUUUGAUAAUGGGAGCAGCUAAGGCUACAUACUAUCAGGCAUGGGUCCAAAAGAUGGAUGAAUUGAAGAAGGUUGACACCAAUGCUUGGAGUUGGUUGAUGGCUAUUGUUAGGAGUGAAUUAGUAGUAUUAAGGCUGACAAUGGCUAGGGACAAGCCUAUUCUCACCAUGUGUGAAUGGAUAAGAAAAUAUCUUAUGAAUAGGUUGGCAACAUCUGCAACUAAACUUGAAAAGUGGCAGCAUAGAGUUAUGCCAAUACCUAGGAAGAGGUUAGAUACUGAAGUGUUUAAUAGUGGGCAUUGGUUGCUAACUUGGUCAAUGGAUGAGAAAUUUCAGGUUACUCAUAGUUUCAAUACUCAGGAGUUUAUUUUGGAUAUUACUAAAAGGACUUGUAGCUGUAACUUUUGGGAACAGGUAGGAAUCCCAUGUAGACAUGAUGUAGCUGUCUUGAGCUAUAGGAAGCAAAACCCAGAUGAUUUUGUGGAUGAAUGUUAUACAAGAGAAAAGUUUAAGUUAUAUUAUGGUUUUUCUGUUAGCCCUAUCAAUGGUCAAGAUAUGUGGCCAAAGGUUGAAGUUGAAAAACCCCUUCCACCAGCAUACAAAAUUGGUCCAGGUAGGCCUAGGAAGUUGAGGAUAAGAGAAAGUUGGGAGGAUGGUGCUAGGAAGAGAAGGCCUGGGGUUGCAUAUAAAUGCACCAAGUGUGAUAAGUUUGGUCAUAAUGUCAUGACUUGUAAGAGUAAGACACAAGACCCCGAUGCACUAAAAAGAAAGAGAAAAGUAAAGAGUGAUGCUUCUGGAACUGCUGCCAACACUGCCACUGAGACCGCAGAACCUGAUUCUGAGACUGUUAAUGCCAACACUGUCACUGAGUCUUCUUGUGUGGCUGAUGAUGCCAAUAUUCAGACUGCAUCACCUGAUUGUGAGACUACAGUACCUGGUGAUGCCAACACUGAGCCUACUGUGGAACCAGACCAAUUACCAAUAGUUCAGAGUUAA